ACUUAGAUGAAUGCCAACAUGACCUGAAUUAUUGUCACAAGCUGGCCACGUGUACAAAUGAACGUGGCUCGUACAAGUGCAAGUGUAAAGCUGGAUAUCUUGGAGAUGGAUUUGAUUGUUAUUACUAUGCAGGCCUGGGUUAUUCGGCAAUAUUGGCAAACGAUGACACUUACCUUGGAACCCUGAGCAGUUGGUUAAGCCCUGUUGUGCAGAGCCAGUCUUCUUACUGGAAGGGCUGUUGGCGAGCAUCAGUGGAUGGUUGGGCCAGCACUACCUUCCACUCAUUGUGUGACAACAAAGGGCCGACAGUGACCAUUGUCCGUGUGGGAAAAUACAUCUUUGGUGGAUACACCAGCACGUCAUGGACUUCCAGUUGUGCGUACCGGUACAGUUCAUCGGCCUUUUUGUUCUCAUUGGUUAACAAGCCAGGCUGGCGACCAGUGAAACUGUCUCAGACAGGAGUGUAUGGUUCCCAUAAUGCUUAUUCCAUGUACGGUUGUUACGACCGUGGUCCCUCAUUUGGUAACGGACACGAUUUUUACAUUAACAGCUACGCCUCAUCCAAUACAAAUUCCAACACAGACCUUGGAUACACCUACAGUCCACCAGCUGGCCACAGUCGUGACAGCUCCUUCACCAAAUCAUUCCUGGCAGGAAGUCAUUAUUUUCAACCUGAUGAAGUUGAAGUGUUUUAUGAAACUACUUGAAAAGAACAUGUCGAAUCAAGUGUAAUAAAAAAAAAACGCUCAUGAUUUAAAAGCUAAAAAAAGUUAUUUCAGUAAAUUAAACUGUCUUAUAAUUUGCAUGUUUCCCUUGCAGACUCCACAUCGUUUAAAAGGCUUGUUACGUAAAGCAGAUUCAGAGUAAACAUGAUGAAAAGUUA